UGAAUUGGGCGGAGCAUUGGAGUGAGUCGCCCACUCCCAGAUAGAAGCAGAACUGCAUUGGAGCUUGAGAACUGUGUGAAACGAAAGAAGCUCCGAAUGCAAGCUCAUCAACCAACGUUCCACCAUUUUGUCGCCCUCUCGAACCGGUGGUGGCGCCGAACAUCAUGCAAGUUUCGAGCUUUUUGCAGCUCCUCACCUUCUUCGGAUUACUCCAACCAGUCUCGCGGUGGACUCCCUCGGUUCUUCUCCGACGUCCUCCCUCCUUCCAAGGGUGGGGUUAUUCGGGUGCAGGGAGAUGAAUUCUGGCAUAUGACCAAAGUGUUGAGGUUGAGCACAAACGACAGGGUAGAGCUCUUCAAUGGGAAGGGAGGAUUAGUUAGGGGGAACAUUCAGAGUGUUGACCGUGCUGGAUUGGACUUUGUCUCUCUGGAAGACCCGAAAUUGGUCCCUCCUCAGAGGCCGCUGUGGCAUGUAUUUGCUGCUUUUGGAACUCUAAAGGGUGGCCGAGCUGAUUGGCUUGUUGAGAAAUGUACGGAGCUGGGGGCUAGCAGUGUAACUCCUCUGUUGACGGACCGAUCUCCUUCAGUCUCAGAAAAUAGGUUCGACAGGCUGCAACGGCUCAUCUUAGCUGCAUCAAAGCAAUGUCAGCGGCUUCAUGAAAUGGUUCGAAAGUCAAAGCUAUCUUUACUCGCUGUUGCAGAAGCUCCUUCUCUCAUGAGUGCAUUGACUUCAUGCAGAAUGGAACCUGAUGGGAUUAUGAUUAUUGGACCUGAAGGAGAUUUUACUGAGAAAGAAGUGAGUAUACUGAUGGAAGCAGGUGCUACUGCUGUUGGCCUAGGGCCACAUCGCUUACGGGUAGAAACUGCCACAAUUGCCCUUCUGGCAACACUCAUGUUAUGGUCUGAUCAUCAAGUGACCAAAAAUUGAUUGAUUUUUCAUGGCCGCAUCUUCCUCCAGCCUGGUGCUUAUAUCACGUAAGCACGGAGGGUGCAUGUUGCAGGCAAUGCUCCACUUAUCGAAUCGCAUUUUCAACUUGUACUGGCAAUUGGUGUAAAAGAAGACUUACUCGGAGAUGCAGCAUCCCAACUGCAGCUGCACUGCUGAGGUGAUUAGAACUCAGCUUACCGUUCAGUGGACACGAAAGAAAGACAGCGUUGUCGGUUUAAUAAGAGAUAAUUAGCUCUUCUUUUUUUCUUUCUCUUCUUUUUUUUCUGGAAGAAGGAAGCCCAUUUGAUGGGG